AUGCGUUUUGGACAUCGAGAGGGCGUCAAGGAACGAUUGAGAGCGAAAGCGCUGGGGAAACUGGCCCAGCUCUGCUCAAAACAGGAGCCUGCAGGGAUUCCGGAGGACGAUGAGAAUAAAGGGGACAGUUUGGAGCUUUUAACGCACUCAUUGCCUGUCUAUUACUCGACAAACACAUCGAAACUGUACACUAUCCCUAUCACGUUGAAUGAGUGGGAAGUUUUGGUCGCGCUAUGUGAGUGUACGCCUGGAUCUUCAAUGCAGGCUGAACGUUUGAUAAAGGGUGUCAUUGGGCCUUACUUUUUGGCUUCGCCGAGGCAGCGGAUGUCUGAGACGUUGGAGGCCAGGUUUAAACUAAAGGAGCUGAGGCAGCCGAAUGAGCUGCUGACUUUGGAGCUGAUCAGAUUCUUGAUCGUCUCGUGCUCAAAGUACCCCCGUUUGACCAAGAUGUGCUCUGUCAUCAUCGAUCAGUACCUCAGAGAGGUUUCUUCGCUUUUCAACAAAAGAUGUAGCGCGGUAUUCUCGCUUGUGGGGUUUUUGAACGCAUUCAUCAUGGAUAACAGCGCCCUGCAGCUGACCCAAACAGUCUGGAAAAAACUGGCUGGUCUGUUUGGUGAUGGAAGCUUCGUUCUGCUGCCCGAGACGAGACUCUUGGCUGAUUUCAGCGGCGAAGUCACGGUGAGAUAUCACGAAGCCAACAAGGAGAUCUCGAACUCUUUGUUUCUCAAUUUGAUGGCCCAGCUGCAGGUAUCCCUGGCAUCAAAGAUCGUAGCCCUACCUAAAGAUGCUACCUCUUUGUCGGAAUAUCUGCUACAAGUACACUCUAAGAACUAUAUGGUUCAGCAAGAAGGCUCGGCGGAUCGCGUGGACAUGGCUGCCUCGGAAGAAUUGUAUUCGACGCUGACUCGUAACAGGCCGAUUUUGACGGAAAUGAGUCACUUUGCGUUCAAACACAGCAUCAACAUCGAAGACUUGGAUUUGUCAACUGAUGUGCGCGCAGCUUAUUCUUUCAACACCAGGGCUUUUUUCCUAGAUUUUCUUUGCCUGAUCCUAUUCUUCGAUAAUGCCGUGUCAGAUCUUGGCCAGAAAUUUCUGCAACUGGUCUCAGACUCCAUCGAUAAAUUUUUGCUUUCAGAAAUAGUAUCACCGAAAUUGGUUCGCUCAAUCCUAUGUGCUGGCGCUCUUCUAAACUUCUUUACUGAGGAGACUUCACUCACUUUAUUGCGUCUUUUCCCGGCGCUGGUAUCCUCGCCUCAAAUCUCGAAUGCUGAAGUAGCCAGAAUUACCAAGAUCUUUACCUUUGGCUUAAUGCCACUGAAUGAAGAUGCUGUUGUCAGUACAGUUUAUUCAAUCAAUAAUCUCCUCACUCUGGGGGAUGAUGGCAUACCUGUCCAAGCGGUGAGGGAAAGACAAUUGACGAACAGCACGGUAACUAGCACGGCACUCGGUGACCACGAAUUGAGAGGAAGGGCCGGUACUUCAGACACCAUACAAGCCAUCCAUAAUAUCAGCAACAGGAUGGCGCUUUCUAGUACCGAGAACAAUGGCAGAGUUGACGAAGUCACUUCCGCAACAUAUCACCAUCAGCUAUUCAGAAACUGUAUUACAACUAUGAUCACGAUCGCUUCUCAUUAUGGUGAUCAGGCCAUUACCGCCCUAACGAUAACCGUUCUAACGCAGAAGGUAUCUGUCAUAUCAAAGGAAUUGGAUGCUGUGAUUAUAGAUUUAUUGGCUGAGCUCGUUAGCAACAUUUCAAUCACAGAGCUAGCUCUUCUGUUGAAGUUCUACAAACCUGCCUACUCUCAGGCCAAGAAGCAAGAGAAUAAGAUUUUACAGGAAAGCAUCUGUGAAGCAAGAAUCAAAAUCUCUGAAAUAGUGUUAUCCAAAAGGUCAGAUUCAGAUCUCUAUCGAUUCACCUUGGCCAAUCUUCUAGAUUCAAUCACCGCGUGCGGCGAAGUCGAGCAAUCUGAUCUCCACAGAACUGACAAAGAGAUAGCACGCUGUGCUGAAGAUAUCGGAGCAUAUUUGCGACCCUUAGCCGCUAUUCUUCCUAAACCGGGAAGCAAACCAUUUCCUUUCGAUGGAGAUGAGGCUUUGAUAAGAAGUUUCAGGAAUAUUUGGUUCAACAUGAUUAUUCAUGGUUUUCGAUGCGAUUCUCAGUUAGUCGAGAAGCACUAUAGUUGCCUAUUAACAAUCGCCUAUAAUUCCCCACCGUUGGCGUCUGAUUUCCCUUCCAGCAAUAAAGAGGUAUCUUUGGAUAUGAAUGCAGUGCUACGGCGCCACUCUUCUAAUGCCAUACACAAGCAGCAAAAACAAGCAAUUGCAGGAUAUCUGUCUACCAAUCCUGUUCAGGCGAGAACUCUUUCAAUGCCAAAAAUAAUGUUUCUAGCGGCUACUGCACUAUUGGAAACUCUUCGAUGUGAAGCUGGAGAUUGUUCGAAGAUUCUGCGAUACUAUUGCGACCCUUCCGUUGUUUCAAGCUCAAUCGAUAAAUUUAUUGAAGCGUUGAACCUUCAACUCAUUUCGAAGUACACUUCGAUAGUUCAAUCCAAAAAUUCUUCUCUCUUUGGCUCCCUAGCUAUUGCCCAUCAGCUAAACGAUCUGCUUCUUCAUUUGGCCCACAGAAACAGAGAAUUGCAAAAUGCUGCCUUCCAAUCAUGCGACAUUUUUAUAAAGACAAUUCCUUCAUCGCUAUGUCACCAUCACUCCUUGUACACCUUACUGGACCUUAUGACUACGCUAUUUGAUAGUGUGGUUGAUUGCGAAACGAAUAAAUUCCAACCUCACUACGAAUUUGUUUUGAAACAUUCUGGAACUAAAGUUUUAAUACCCGAUUCUGCAUUAUGGCGUAAAACCACUUUAUCACGGCUGCAUGCAUCUUCUAAGGAUUGGGUUAGGAUAAUCCUUGAUAGAGCUAAUGAGGACACGAAAAUUCUAUUGCAGUCAUAUAUUUCCGAUCUGACACACUUCGACAGGUCGAGCACUGUUGAGUAUGGUGUCUCGUUCGCCAUGGAGAUGGCAGGCUCAAUUUCUCUUGCCGACGAAGAGUUAUCCAAGUUGACUUACGUAGGGCGCGAACGCCCAAGUACGAUCGCCGCUUUCAUUUCACAGCACUCGUGGAGAUCGAAGAAUCUGGUAGACACUGCAAUUAUUUCUUCCCCACAGGAUAUUGCUCAACAAAUUGGACUUCACGUACAGAACAUACGACGUGCAUUGGCUGCAAAGGAACCCGUGUCUUUUAAGGAUAUCACAACCUUUCUGGAUUUAUCCGCAGCAUCUCUGCUCCUGGGUAAGUUUGGUGCAGCAUCUUUAGUUUAUGACUUAGUUCAUAUUCCGUUUUCGGUCUUCACGUCUUCUGCCAUUAAGAUGGCCUCAAACAUAUGGCUGACUGUCAUCAAGGAGCGUCCCGACAUUGCCCAUAUGUUAUUGGUGGAAGUUGGAUACUGCUGGAUGAAGUCUAUUGACGACCGCCGGGGUUUGUAUUCUCGAGAUCAUGAUCUUGCAAGAGAAGAAAAUCAAAUGAUGGAAUACGCUCCUUACAAUAAAACUGCGAUCAAUAGGGAUGCAUUGGCAGCCUCACAGUCUCUGCAACCUCACAGACAUGUCAUAAAGUUUUUUAAGUCUCAUUUUGAAGGAACUUCGUUUCAAAGCGACCAUCUGUUAGAUGUGUUCACGAGAUGGACUUUACACGGUCUUAAUCAAUUGAAAGAAGCAUCAAUGCACCCAUUUGCUCGCAUGGCACGCCAUGAUUUAUUGAACUUUGCUCUGUCGCUGCUUCAAGUCCACAGCAAGCAAAAGACUGACUAUGUCCCAGUUUUAGCGAAGGCAAUAACGAAUUCUGGUUUGUCAUGGUUCAGACGGCCGAUCGCUUGGCCUUUCGGAUCGAAUCAGUUGAAAAUAAAAGCUGACUUGUCAGGCACCGUGCAGUUUUACUCUGAGCUGAACAAAUUAUCUGCACUCCUGAUCCGUCAAUGUGGCAGUACUUUCAAACUACUGCAGUUCUUUCUCUUGAGUGAGAUUUGGCACAUCGAAACGUGGUUAGCGCCGCUACAGAAAAUCGUCAAGAAUGGCGGAGCUGAGCCUAAUGCGGAGCUUCUUAAGACUGCAUUCAUCAUUGAUCCGCAGCUGGCAUUGAACUUGUUUCAAAGGUAUCCUACGACAAAGCUAGACGUCUCUUUGACAUCCUUGGUGCUUGAAGAUCCGUUGAUGUGUGUCGGAGUGCCUGAGAUACUUGAUCUGUAUCUUUUGAGCAACAAAACUGGCAGUAAGGCAACUGAUAUGCAUUUUGUCGUUUACUGGUGUCCUGUUAAUCCUUUGAAAUCAAUCAAUUUCUUCUUGCCGCCCUGGAACGACAAUACUUUCAUCCUACAAUACGCUGUCUUUUCGCUUGAAUCCCACGAUGUGAAUGUGACAUUUUUCUACGUGCCUCAGAUUGUCCAAUGUUUGAGAUAUGAUCGCACAGGAUAUGUGACAAGGUUGAUUCUCGACACCGCAAACACCAGCGUCCUGUUUGCUCACCAAAUCAUUUGGAAUAUGUUGGCCAACAGUUAUAAAGACGACGAAGGUCUAGAAGAGGAUCCGAUCAAACCAACGCUGGAUGGCGUUCGAAAGGCAAUGAUCUCUGCAUUUGCUAGCGACAAGUUUGAGUUUUACGAGCGAGAAUUCGGUUUCUUCAACGAAGUCACCGGAAUCUCUGGCAAGUUGAAGCCUUUCAUCAAAAAGAGCAAGGCCGAGAAAAAGCACAAGAUUGACGAAGAGAUGAGUGCAAUCCAACUGGAACCCGACGUCUAUCUUCCCUCGAAUCCUGACGGCGUAGUUGUAGAUAUUGACCGCAAGAGCGGCAAACCUCUACAAUCCCACGCCAAGGCCCCUUUCAUGGCUACCUUCAAGAUCAAGAAAACCAUCAGGGACAGCGAGACUGGCCGCAAGAAAGAGAUCCAACAGUGGCAGGCGGCUAUCUUCAAAGUGGGUGACGACUGUCGGCAGGACGUGCUCGCGCUGCAAUUGAUCUCCAUGUUCCGAACCAUAUGGUCCAACAUCGGUCUCGACAUCUACGUGUUCCCCAACCGUGUGACUGCGACGGCGCCGGGCUGCGGUGUCAUCGACGUGCUGCCAAACUCCAUCUCCCGCGACAUGCUGGGCCGUGAAGCCGUCAACGGUCUCUACGAGUACUUCGUCACCAAGUUCGGCCGCGAAGACACCAUCGAGUUCCAGAACGCCCGCAACAACUUCGUCAAGUCGCUCGCCGGCUACAGCGUCAUCUCCUACCUGCUACAAUUCAAGGACCGCCACAACGGCAACAUCAUGUACGAUGACCAGGGCCACUGUCUGCACAUCGACUUCGGCUUCAUCUUCGACAUCGUCCCCGGCGGCGUCAAGUUCGAAGCUGUCCCCUUCAAGCUCACCAAGGAGAUGGUCAAGGUCAUGGGAGGUUCCCAAGACACACAGGCUUAUCGCGACUUCGAAGAACUAUGUGUCAAGGCGUACCUGGCCGCAAGACCACACAUGGCCGCCAUCAUAGAAUGCGUCAAGCCCAUGUUAGACAGCAGUAUGCCCUGCUUUAAGGGCCUCAAGACAAUCAAGAAUCUACAAAACAGGUUCCAGCCCCUCAAGACCGACCACGAGGCCGCUCUCUUCAUGAAAUCGCUCAUCAGGAAGAGCUACGAGUCUCUAUUCACCAAGGGCUAUGAUGAGUUCCAACGGCUCACCAACGGUAUACCUUAUUGA